AUAACACACAUAAAAUAUUUAUAUGGCAUGCAAUAUAUGUGUAAAAUAUAUCUAAAUAUAAACUAUAUAAUUUGAUUCUCGAAAUAUAAUAUUUUAAUAGUUAUUAACAUUAAUUUUAAUUCAUUCUAUUUCUGCAAAUAAAACCAUUCAAAUCGAUACCUAAUAACCUUCAUCGGAGCAUGUGCAGAGUAGUUGAAAGCAAUUUGGUUAUGUGAAAUUGUUUUCUUGUAUGUAUAUUUGGUUGACUGAUUUAUUUGAAAACAUUCAUCGAUCAUCCCGAUUUUAUUAAUAAUUAUUUAAAUUUUUGAGUUUAAUAUGGAAAAAAAUAGAGAAACGGUGCUAUUAGGAUUUGAAGAUGAACAUAUUAGUGAAAAAUAUAAAAAUCAAGUCAAUUUUUGUACCAAUAAAAUAGGAGGAAAACCUGAUUAUCCUCCAAAUAUAAAAUUGGAUCCUCCAAUUUGUGGACUUUGUCAACUUCCAAGACCUCUGAUUGUACAAAUAUAUGCUCCUCUGGAACAUUCAGUGUAUCACCGCACACUGUAUUUGUUUGCCUGUAUUAACCCUAAUUGUUGGAAUUUAAAUGAAAGCUGGUAUUGCAUUAGAGUGCAUUCUCAAGAAACGACUUUUGAAUCUGAAGAAACUAUUAGUUCAAAAUCAACAUCUGUUGUAACACAUUGGUGUGAUGAUGCAGAUGACUGGGAUGAUGAUAACAAUACUAAUUUUAACGAAGAAAAUGGUAAUGUUAUCAGCAACAUUGAAAAAGUGUCAGAUGAAGAUGAUGAGAGUUGUUCUUUGGAAGAUUCUUUAAGAUCAGGCUUCGGAAAUCUAUUCGUCGAUGAUAGGAACGCUAAUAAAGGCGCUCAAGGAGGAGCUGUGGGUAGAUUACAUUCUCCUUCAGCCACAGCUGAAAUUGAAGGAAAUGAAGGUGAAGUAAUAAGUAUUGAUACUCCAACUUUUCCGCAACGCGAUAUUGCCUCACUUCUUCAGGAAGCUGCUCCUCUUCCUCAAGAUAUUUGUCAAUCAGACUCUAGAAGAAUUUCCUCAAUUCAAUUUUCUCCCUAUUUUAUGGCAGUUUGGGAAGAAACGCCAGAUAAACAGCUGGCUAAUGUUAGUGACAGACACGUCAAGGAAUUAUUACAGGAUUAUCAACAAAAAAACGAUGAUAACUCAUAUUUGCUGAGUCCUGAAGGUGGCGUAACUGAAGGAGGAGAAGGUUAUGAAAAAUAUGAAAAAAGUAAUCCUGCCCACGGUGAUAAAAUGUUCCACCAAUUUUUAUCCAAAAUACAAAGUAAUCCUGGACAAAUUUUAAGGUAUAGUAGAGAAUCUUCUCCCAUUCUUCUCUACCCCCUGCAAGAAACAAUGAAGAAAUGUCAAUAUUGCCAAGGAGAUCUCGUAUUUGAAUUUCAGAUACUCUCAACGAUUAUUUCCAAAUUGAAAUUAUUAACUGAUCCUAAACAAAUUGCCAGAUUGGAAUUUGGUACUGUACUGGUAUACACUUGCAGAAAGAGCUGUUGGUCCUCUGACACCAUCUUUAGAACUGAGACUGUGAUUUUACAAAAGGAAUUGUAUUAAUUUUUGGAAAUGAUGGAUUGGAUUCCAUUUUUGUAGAUUUAGUUCAAUUAUGUUGUAAGGUACGGCUAAACUCUAUUUCACCAAAGACGGAAUAUUUUUUUUAAUUUCUUAAUAAAAUUGAUUGUUGUUUGAAAAUUAAGACACUAAUCUGUAAAAUCAGGAAUUUGGACACUUCUUUGUGUUAUAAUAGUGAACAGAUUACAUAAAAAUCAUUUUUCAUGAAUGUAUUUUAAGGAACUCAAAUAUAGAUAUCAAUAACAAAAAAUUACACUUUUUAAAUUUCUAGUCUAUUCAAAGUAACAAAGUCUUAUAAAGAAUUUAUCCUUCAAUAAUAUAUUAUAUAACUCAAAAAAUACUGAACGAUUUUGAUAUUAUUGAAAUAAUUAUAACAACAAAUUUUCUUUACUUUUGUUGUUUAUCAAAUUAUAAUUUUUGCUAUUGAAUUCUAAAUAAUUAAUUUUAUUUUUCUCAUUGUUGUUUAUUCUUUUACCUUUUGAGGUGUCUGUUGAGGCUUCUGGUCCUCCUGGUACACUUUUAUUUCACUGUCUUCAAUAUUUGCAAUCUUUCUCAAUUCCAUAUCUAUAUUUUUUACUUCUAUAUCAUACCAAUGGUUUUGAGAUUUUAGUUUAUUACAAUUAUUGUUAUUUUAUUUUUUUUUCUAUUUCACUUAUUUUUAAUGCCUCUCUUAUAUUUUAUUUUUCUAUCUAUCAUAGUAGCUUCAUACAGGAUGUACAAAAAUUAAGGAAUAAUAAGUUGUAAUUGUUGAUUUAAGAUUAAUAGAUUUCAAAAUUGUUUGCUUAUUUUUUUAUUUAUAAAAAUAAUAUAAUAUAAAAUUUGAUAUACAUAUGGGCUCAGAAAUAGAGUUUAAAUCAUUAAAUCUACCCCCAACCCUAAAUAUUCCAAAAUUUUUACUUAAUAAAAAUAUUACCUCAGUGGUUAUAAUGGAAAUAUUCAAAUUUCUCACUUUUUCUAAUUUCGAAAAUUUUAUCUAUGUAGUGAAAUAUGUGUUUAGCUUUUAUAGCAUAUAUAUGACAUAUACAAGGUGGUCCAGAAUUAUGCAUAUUAAUUUCUAGAGGAAAUAGUAUCUCCGAAAGCUUCCUUCCUUAUUUACUUAUUCCUAAAACUGAAAGGGGCGAAUUGAGAAUAUAUUUUUUCAAAUAUCAGUUUAAUUAAUGUUAAGUUUAUAUUUUGACAAUGAUUAUAGUACAUAAGGAUAAUUAAUUUCACAUAACUACUUACUACAUUCCAUAUGAAUAUAGGGUAGUAUUGUUUCAAGAAAUUAUUCACAAAAUUGUUUUUCUAUCUACAAAAGUUGCUCUUGUUAUAAUUUAUGAUCACAUUCGAUUUAUUUAAACUUGAGGGAAUAUAUAUUUUUUUAAUAUAAUCGAAACUAUACUAAUUUAUUCAAGCUUCUGCAGUUUUUGACUACCACUGUGUCCACUGCAACGGCAGAACUUUCUUCCAGUAUCUUUAAACGCACAAGAAAAACUAUUUAAUGAAUCUAUGUUCAAAUAACGUUGAAAAUGAUGCGAUUAAAACAUCGAAUUUAUUCUAGGCGAAAAUCAAGAGAUCCAGCGUUGUUUUAAAGCAAUUACAUUUCAGAUAAGACAACGAAGAUGUGUAUCAUGUGAAAUUAGAUUACUGUCUACUGCCUUUUUUCAAUUUAUACCAUCUUUGUUUGUAGGGUAAGAGUGGAUAAGACGGCGAACCCAAGGACUGAAGCGAUAGUAUGAUUAAAAGGUCUUAUCUAUUAGUAAUUCAUUUUAUGAAGUACAUAAACAUUUAUAAGUACGAAUUACUAAGGCUAAGACAAAAUUAUUUAAAAAAACUGUCAAAUUCGUCAUCUUACCAUAAUGUGCGGCUAAGAUGACUUUAUCUCGGGUAAGAUGAUGAAUAUUCAAAGUUACGUCGAAAUAUUCAACAUAACCAAUUUCCAUUUAAUCAAUAAGGUAAAAAUAUAUCAAUAUUGUCAAAGAUCUAUUUAAACAAAAUAAUAAUUGGUAAUACAAAAAAUAAAAAGUUGCAAAUAUUAAUGAAACUUAAGAUUUAAGUUAUUGACAGAAAUCACAAAGCCACUGUUUAACUUUUGCUUCUUUCACAUCUAGUCCAGUGCAUGCAGCGUGAGCCCAUUCUUCACAUUUGGUACACAUAUACCAAAGAUCAUUAUUUUUUCUGCGUCGUCACAUUAAAUGCCUUUCAUCACCAGAGCUGAUUAUAUCCAGUUCAUCUUCAGUGUCUAUUGUCUGAACUUCACAAGAUGAUUCUGAAGAUGAGCUAAACACCUUUCGCUUAAUGGUUUUUGAUUUCACUUAUUUUCUUUAACUUGUGGCUUUUUCUUCUUUUGUCGUUCUUUUUCCAUUUUCUCUUUUUGUUUUACUUCCAAAGCUAUUUUAACUAUGUGCUGGAAAUUAUUAAAUAUAUUUAUUUUUAACUUCAUCUAGAGAUAAUGGAGGAAGCCCAGUUCCGUUGUUACUUGAGGGAGGUGUUAAUUGUUGUUUUUGAUUAGAUUUUGGUAGGUAGAUGGCUGAGCGAAAUUUAAAUUUGCACGUUCACAUAAAACAUUUUCAAGAACUUGUAAAACUGUUGUAGGAUUAGUAUUCUCCUGGGCUUCAAAAGGAUUGUCUAUAGUUUUGGUCGCUAUAAAAUCUAGCUCAAAAAAGAUAUCGGAAUUUAAAGGUUCUAAUGAACUAACCUUAAAUCCAUAAAUAAGCAAUAUCUUGAACGAUGAUGGUUCUUCCUGAAUUAUUAACAAAAAAUUUUCACAGACUACGCUAUAAGCAGUUUUUAUGGGACCAAAAAAAAAAUGUAAUCCAUCCAUGUAAUGUGGUGUAGUUUUCUCUACUUAAAUUUAUGGCAUCCAGAGUUACAUGUGUAGCUUGGUUAUCCAUCAAUAAUAAAAUGGAAUUAUCUUUGGAGGGCUUGACUUUAUUAAAUAAAAUGGUGCAGAUAUUUAAUAGAGUUUUCUGUUGUCAUCCAUUGAAUCGAUCCUGAGGAAGCACCAUCCAUGAAUGCAGGUUGCAUCCUAACACGGGAAAAAAUUACCAUCAGUGGAAUAAAUGUACCAACUGCAUUGAUGCGACAUAAAGCUGUAACAUUUGAUCCUCUUUUGGCUGGUGAUAUUUUGAUAACACUACGAUUUCCUUUAGGGGUCAGAAUUUUUGGAUUUUUAUUAGGAACUGUGGAAAUCUCUGUCUCAUCAUAAUUUUAGAUUUGGUUAGCAGAGUAGUUAUACUUUAGUCUUAGGUCUUUUAAAGUGUUAAAAAAUUUGUCAACAUUUUGUUUGUUAAGACGUGCUAUGGAUGUGAACUCGGGUGUUCUUAAAGAAAUAUUGAACUUUUUUCUAAAAUUUUCACAAAAUUCUUUAGCAGCUCUCUUUUAUCAACGUUGAAUCUGUGAUCAAUGCUACGAUACUCUGCAUAUUCAAACACAAUUUUGAUAUACUGUUUUCUCGUUAAGCGAAAAGCCCUUUGGUCGACUUCCACAAUGUAAUUCUUCAGUUGUAAUAUCUGUUCAUCAGUAAAUGUGGCUUUGGAACGCCCAGCAUGUUGUGUAAAAUUCGGUAAAAAAAAUCCUACAAAACCACUAAUUAUUUCCAUAUUUCUUAAUAUUGCUUCUGGAAUAGCAAACUCAUUUGAAGCUGAGUUAAUACUUCUACCAUUGUAUUUAACGUCUCUCAUGGCAAACUGUUUCGUUGUCUGGCGUGUGUACUUUUCUAUUACUGAAUUAAAAAGUUAAAAUUCGCCAUCUUAGCCUAAGUAACAAAAUAAAAAUGAUUUAGGGUGUUAAAAGCAACAUUUAAUAUGUUAGGAGUCAAUGAAAUUUUCUAGAUUUCCACCAACUGUAUACGAUGUUUAUCAACAGUGGCUUACCGAAAAACUAAUGUCCGCUUUUAAAAUCGCCGUCAUUUCAUCACGACUUGCAAAAACGCAAGGCCACUAAACAGUAUGAAAAUAUGUAAGUAGGUAUGGUGUGUGUGUGUGCGCGCGCGCAUUGCAUUUCUUUCUGCGACAGCCGUCCACCAGCAUACACGUUAGUUUUGUAUAAUUUGUGUCCAAUCUGUAGCUUUGCACGUGGUCAAACCCUCGGAACAACUUAAAAGGAUUUUACUUUUAAUUAAAAACCACCGUUUUAUUGAAUAUUAUUUUUGUUAAAAUAAAUAAUUAUUACCGCGGUUCAAAGUCUGAUUUAGUUAUUGUGCUGUCGAGGGCAUGUCAAGUUUUAUACAUUGAUAUUAGAACCGUUCUUAUUACAAUCGUCAAGUAGGUAAAGACUUCCAAAGGGUAACGCUUCAUGCUGUCGACUGAACUGCGUUCAUAUUUUUUAUUCUCCAUAAUAUUGCCCUAUUGCCCCCCCUUAGUUUUAACCUGGCGACGCCCUUGCUUACCCUACUUGUUCGGUUGUGUUUAAAGACCAAAUUAGAGAACAUAUUACAAUUGUAUUUGGGUUUCCUCGCAUUUUCUAGUAAAGCCCUGUAGGUGCAAAAAUUAAAUUAUAACAUGAAACAAUCUCUUACAAUGCAAUUUUUAGUUUUAUAUUUCACCUUGCCCAAACGUCCAAUCGCCGCCACUGUUAUUCAAUACAGAAGAGCAAUAGAUUUGUUAGAAUUCAUAUUAAGGUGUGGUACCAUGGACAGAAAAAUAUGUUUAUUGAAUGUAAAACAUCUAUUCUUAAAAUAAAUUAAUAGUCCUGAAGCCUUUCAUCUUAUCCUUUUUCCAUUGUAGAAAAUUUAAUUGAGUUUAAUCUAAUAUUUAUCCACUUUUUCCACACCUUUAUGUCUGACGAAAUUCGUGAUUUUAUGGUUAUUACAUACUUAUUAAAUGGCUAUGACAAAUUAGCACUUUAUUAUGUGAUGGAAUUUUCCAUGCAUGAUAAAAGUAGAGAAAGUAAUAAAAUUUAUAUAAACAUAAAACCAAUGUAAUAAAUUUUUUAAAUAUAACUCCCAAUAACAUAAAAAUAUCCAAUAUGAAACUGUAUUUUCGGUAAAACCAAAUAACACUAUUCAAUAAUCAUGUUAAGUAGAGUUCAGGCCCUGUAGUUGUGUAGUAAAUUGAAUUAUUAACAAAAGAAAUGGGUAGGUAAAAUCAUUAACAUCUUUAUAUUAAUCAUGGAUCACCAAAUUUCACAGUGAAGAUUUUAAAACAGUAUAUUAUAUUUUAACAUUUUAUUUAAAUUAUAAUGAUUUUACAUAUCUGUAACAAGUCAUUAUAGAAUCAGUACUGACUAUACUUUUAUUAGGAGAUAAAAUAUGAGUAUGCUGCCAAUAUCAAAGCACGCCUCCUUAAAAAUCCUUUUGCUAUACAUAUAUAUGUAACAAUUACUGUAAUACAACUUUAGAAACAAAA